CCGGCUGCCUGAGCUGAUUAAGCCGCGAGCCCCAGAUGUUCCAGAAAUGCCCACAGAAAAGCAGGGGGGCGUCCUGUGUCACGCUCACCCGCCACGCCACAGUGUGGCCAAGCUCCGAAACCGGUUUAGUGACAGCCGUCCGGGCUCGUUUGCGUUUCCCCGAAACAACCCGGCUUGUCGAGACCGGAAGGCGUUUGCCAAAGAGACGUGUCGACGGAAUUCUGCUCAAGUGUCGGUGUUUUUGCUACCGUUGUUUCGAAACGGCCGAGUGGUGUGUCACAGUUUUGCUGAGUGGGAAGAGGGAUAAGCAGAGGAAGAGGAAGAAACGAUGGUUGAAGAGAUGGAGAGAAAACGCUCUGGCUAGACUCAGAAAGGGGGAAAGGCCACAAACACUCCCAAGGCGGGUGCCAGCCAUCUGGACCGCAUCAUCUCCAAUUGAGGCGAGAGCCCUUGCAGUUAUGAGGUGGUGCCCGCUUCAUCUAUCUUACUUGGGUUCUCCUGAGUCACGUCUUAGCAAAUGCGUUCACAAUAUUGUCACUCUAGGCGAGUGUCAUGGUCUCUUUUGUUGGCGCCCGCCUUUUACGUCUGCUGGCUGAAGACUCACGACACCACAUCUAGGGAUUUACUACAUUAGGAGGGGAGUAACAUUCAGGUGUUAGAUUUCCAAACUCAUGAAAGUCUUUGAGUAGGUGGGUGUAAUCACACAAAGCUAUCAGUCCCAUUGCAUUACGUGAAAGCUAUCGGGAGUUGAUAGACUGAUGCCCGAAAGUCAC